UAACAACUGGCAGAUAUAACACUCUGUUUUAGUAUGUCUAAACUGCCAGUAAAUAUAAAGGAAAGUCCCUAUAAUUUUCUCCUAUUUUAUUGGACACUAAAUAUAAAAUCGUGAAACGAAUAUAUCGGUUUUACGUCCAAUUACGGAUACUGUUUUUUUUUAUUAUUACCAUGAGAUAUACUUACAUCGUAAUCUUUUCGAGAAUUUUACGAGUCAGACGUUAAGAACAUCGCGGUAUCGGGAUAAAAUGAAGGGCUCAAUGGAUAACGCCAAGAGCGCUAAAAGGAAUACACGGGAAUGGAGGUUUGUCGCGUAUAAUAAGAUCAUGGAUGGAAUGGAGUUGGAGACUCUUUACCAAAGAUAUUGCAUCCGUUUGAAGCACGCUCUUUACCUGUCCUGCCUGACAAUAGCUAGCAUGACUAGCGCUGGUCUACUCAUAACCAUCUGUGUGUUGCAUAUUCAGGAGCUGCACACAAGCCUGCUACCAAUCACCACGUUGUCCGUACUAACGUCCGGUUUGAUCGUCAUUUUGCUGGCGUCCCAAUUUCCGCCCGUUUUGGAAUCCGAGGCGUGGGCCCUUCUAUCGUCUUUGCUAGUUACGACGGGCGUCGCGGCGGCGAUGCUGCUGCUGGCCGGUCGACACGCGCCUCUGCCUCUCUUCGCGCUGCUGAUCGCCAUACACACGAUGAUGCCGCUGUCCAGAGCCGUGGCGUUGGCUUUGGCCACUAUCGUUACCGUAGCUCAUCUGGCGACUUCCAUAGCUUAUAGGUUACAAGAUGGGGAUGUCGUUCACUACUUGCAGCUCAUUCCGGAAACCGUGAUGCUGCUAUCGGCCAGCUGUACGGGUCUGUAUUACCGACACAUGACCGAAGAGGCGCACAGAAGGACCUUUGUGGGCACGAGGACCUGCAUCGAAUCCCGAGUGAAACUCGAAUGCGAAAAGGAGCAACAGGAACAACUCCUGUUGAGCGUGAUACCCGCUUACAUAGCCGCAGAGGUGAAACGGAGCAUAAUGUUGAAGAUGGCGGACGCCUGUCAGGAGCAGUCGAACCGAAGUUUCCACGAGAUGUACGUGCAACGUCACAACAACGUUUCGAUACUUUACGCCGACAUCGUGAAUUUCACGCCUCUCUCCGAGCAGCUGUCGGCCUCGGAUCUAGUGAAAACGCUCAACGAGCUGUUCGGAAGAUUCGAUCAGAUCGCACAAGAUAAUCAGUGCAUGAGAAUCAAAAUUCUGGGCGACUGUUACUACUGCGUAUCAGGCUUGCCAGUAUCACGUCCAAACCACGCAUACAACUGUGUCAAUAUGGGUCUACAGAUGAUAGAAGCAAUCAGAUUCGUCCGGGAAGCGACGGGAUUCAACGUCGACAUGCGAAUAGGAAUCCACACUGGGAACGUGUUAUGCGGCGUCCUGGGCCUCAGGAAGUGGCAGUUCGACGUCUGGAGCGACGACGUUACCUUGGCUAACCACAUGGAAUCCGGAGGGAUUGCCGGACGAGUUCACAUUACUAGAGCCACACUACACCAGCUGGGCGACAAGUUCCAAGUGGAGCCGGGAGAUGGAAUUGCUAGAGAAAGCUAUUUAUCUGACCACAAAAUUGAGACGUUCCUGAUUAUUCCUCCAAAACACCCAGACAGUGAAGCUCAGAACGGCAACAUCAAACCCCGCCUGUCCAACGUAUCGGAAAGAACGAACAGCAUCUGCGAGGGUAAUUUGGGAUUGAGCAUCCCGCACACGAGGACGAGGCCGUCGAGCAAGAUGACCAAAUACGUGGAAUGCUGGGGGGCCGACAAACCUUUCGCCAACAUAGCUGAGUCCACUCUAGCGAAAAACAUCGAGCUUACGUCGACGUCGUACCUCCAGACCCUGGCAAUGAUCGAAUCCAACUUGCUGCCGAACCGCACUACGUGUCUGGAAUGCAAAAAAUGGUGGAACAGCGAAGAGCUUCAUCCGGCGCUGCUGUGGUUCCAAAACAGGAAGCACGAAACGGAAUACCGCGGCCAAGCCGACGCGGAAUUCCGCUACUACAUCACCUGCGCUUCGUUUUUGUUUCUAGCGAUGUGCCUCAUGCAAAUCACCACCAUUCCCAGGAGCAUAAUUCUAUUUGGUACUCUGGGUCCUACCCUGGUGGUGCUUCUAAUAUUCGUCUAUCUGUGUUGGUUGGAUGGGUGCUGCGGACCUCGGCCACCCUCGGAUACCCCGGUGGAUGAACCAGGGGCUUGUUCGCCCCCUGGACAAAUCGUUGCUGAAAGUCGAUGUCUCAGACUAUCGAUUUUUUUAGUGUCUGUGACACUAAUUUCGGCAUGCGCUGUCGUUACAUUGAUUGAUUACAAUCCAUUGCCCAUUCCCAUACCGAUUGUAACCAGUACAACGCCGAUGCCAGAAAUCGAUGAAUACAAUUCCAGCUUUGCGUGGAAUGUCUCUACCAGAAUGCCCGAUGAAAUCGACGAUGAAAUUCCAAAUAUUGUCGUUGUACAGUAUGUUCCAACAUAUCUCUACAGUUCAGCUUUAGUUUUGGCAGCCAUUUCGGUAUUUCUAAGGAUGGGUUUUCUUCUGAAGCUAUUCAUUAUGAUAUUAUCGGUGGUAGCGCACAUAUUUAUCUACAGUUACUUGGAGUUUUUUCAAAAAUACCAUGACGUUCACGAAGACGAAUUUCCAUCUAUACCGUUCGAAAUUAAAACAGCGCUAGCUCUAGCCCUAGUAGUGAUAUUUUUCCACAUACUCGACAGACAAAUAGAAUUCACCGCUAGAACCGAUUAUUUGUGGAAAGCUAAACUGAAGGUGGAACAGGACGAGGUCGAAACCAUGAGAGGCAUAAAUAAGAUUCUCCUGGAAAAUAUUCUUCCCGCCCACGUGGCAGAGCACUUCUUGAACACGAGGAUCACGGAGGACUUGUACCACGAGAGAUACUCUUGCGUGGCAGUGAUGUUUGCGUCAAUACCGAAUUAUAAGGAAUUCUACGACGAAAGUGAUGUAAAUAAACAAGGAUUAGAAUGUUUAAGGCUGCUCAACGAAAUUAUAUGCGAAUUCGAUAAGUUAUUACUGAAACCAAAAUUCAGCUGCAUAGAAAAAAUUAAAACCAUUGGUAGCACAUAUAUGUUGGCGUCCGGUUUAAGGCCUGGAAAAGAAGAAGAUAAUAAAGAGGCCAGCAGAAAAGAAGAACAUAUCAUUACUGCGUUAGUGGAUUUUGCAGUUUUAUUAAUGACAAGCUUAGAACAAAUUAACAGAGAUGCAUUCCAAAGAUUCAAAUUAAGAGUUGGUUUAAACCACGGCCCGGUGAUAGCAGGCGUGGUAGGUGCUCAAAAGCCGCAAUACGACAUUUGGGGCAAUACCGUGAACGUCGCCUCCAGAAUGGACUCCUGCGGAAUUCUCGGCAAGAUACAGACGACGGAUGUUACUGCCAAUGUGCUCACGAACGCCGGUUACCAAUGCGAAUGCAGAGGACCGACUUACGUCAAGGGGAAGGGUACAUUGACGACAUAUUUCGUGAAGACCCCUUUCGACGACAAGAAUCAUUAAACUUGGAAAGUUGACGCUCGAAUGUUCGAAAAGGGGAAUUAGAAGUUUGAAGAAUUUGAAAUCUGAUUAUUGUUUUUAUACUUCUAAUAUGAAUGCGGUUAAUUAUUGUGAUAUUUCAGCUCUGGCUGGAGCACCUUUGUAAUGGCUUUUUAUCCCUUUUUUUUAUAGCUAAAAGUUUUUUGGAUAAAAUAAUUUUUUUCCUGUUGUAUGCAGUCAAACUAAAAGGUGGCUGUUGUUAAUGUUACUCACAGGCUCUCUUGGAGGAAGAAGAAGUUUUGAGGUUUGUGACGUCAUAAGAUAGAAUUGCGUCACUAUCUAUUUGAUGUUUAAAAAAAAUGUUAGAAAGCAACUUAUUUUCAAACUAAAUACUCAGAUUUUUGAAAAAAGUGCCAAGAACAAGCAUAAACAUUAAAUGCAUACAACUCAUGUAGACUAGACGCAUAUCCUAAUAUAAACAAAUAUUUUAAUUAAUUUAUUGACAAUAAUACAUUUUUUUAUUUUUGUUACUUGUUAUUUUAUGAAAAAAGCAAAAUGUUUAUUUAGGUAGUGAAAGAAAUGUUAUUUCAACAUAUCAUAUAGUGUUUAAAAAUGUGUAAAAUUGUUUAAUUUAUUUAUAUAUUUUUAUUUCUACACAUCUUUUGUACUGAUCAAGAUAUACAAUUUUUCAUUGUACCAAAUAAGAAAAUAUCGUCAGUUUCAAGGCAUUAUAAUAUUUUUUUUAUUUGACUUAAGUACCUGACUGAAUAGUUACUAGUUUAAUCAAUUAUUUAUUAGUUUUUUAACCGUAAUGUUAGUAAUAUAUGUAGGUAUAUUUGUGAAUGUUAUUUUUAUCAAUGUCGGUGAUUAAGAAUAAGAAAAUGCCUAAUAUUUUUAAAUUAUGGCAUUAUAAAGCUGCUUUAUUAGUUAAAGUAGGCGUAAACACCAAAUUAUUAGAAUAUAUUAGAUCAUUAAAUAUAUAUACUUAUUAUAUUUUAUAAAAUAUGUAUUUAAUAUAUUUAUUUAUCGUACAGAAUGUAUAUUUUAAGAAUUGUAGAAUGUUUUUGUGUAGUUAUAUAUCCUGGAC